UAAAACCGAAUCCGGCGAAUGUAAUUUUCAUACAAUUUGGAACACCAUCUUUCCCUCCCCACCAAAUAGUGUGAUAUUCUGACGAAGAUGCAAAGAAAUGACGGCGAGAGGGCGCACGUGUGAGGUAGAAGCCCACUCGAUUUUGGAUUUCGUUGUGAAAUGCAGAACAACUUCACGUUUUCAGAUCAUCUAAUGAAGACUGCUACUCCCAAACGAAUCCCAAAGUGUGCGCGGUGCCGAAACCAUGGGGCUGUGGCGAUCCUGAAAGGCCACAAGCGGUUUUGCCCAUGGAGGACAUGUGGGUGUCGAAAAUGUUGGCUGGUAGAGGAACGUCAGCGCGUUAGUCGCGAACAGAUCGCACUGCGCAGGCAACAGCAACAAGAGGAAGACCAAGGAUUAGUUUUGGACAACUCGAACAUGCAGUUGGUUCCACCAGUCGCAAACAACUGUCAGUCCAUCAACAGAGCUGCUCCACAAAAUGUCCUGUCCUUCACCAAUGAGCUAAGUCGAAACAUGUCGCUGCGAUCACUGGUGCUGUGUUACCCCAACUAUAAUGUGGCCACCCUGCGAUCCCUUCUCUUGCUGUGUAACAACAACUUGUCUAUGGCCAUACAGAAACUACAGGAGGCACAAUAUCAGCAAUCCAGCACUGACUACGCCACUCAGCACAAUCCUGUCAGGCCGCGCGCCUGCGCUGCACCGCUCCCACUAGAACAGAGUUAUAACUGGAUACCCCAGGGCCAUUACGACUGUCACUACAACUACCAGGCUAACAGUAACUCACCUCAGGGGCAGGGCUACAACCAGUAUGCCCUGGGGAGCUAUUGCUGUGAGAAUCCAACCAUUAUGCAGACAGGGUACCAGAACAGCAUCCCUCGCUACGGGAACCACAACACCUUCUCGCAGUCACAGGCUACCUUCUCUCCCCCACAGAGUUCCUGGUCUAGCGGAUCAUCGGGCAUGAGCACUCAUUUUCGCAGCGAUCAGUCCGAGCCGAUGAACCAGCAGUCCAGCGACACGCAGAGCCUUGUGAUGUCACGAGGGACAUCCUCACCUCUCGCCACGCCCUCUCCGCUGUCUUCACUAGAUGAUGUGGAUGCGGCGAAAAACCCGGUAUCUGACACGGACGACAAACCACUUGUCAUGGACUUAAAAGAACCGUAAUAGAUAUUGUCUGGGGCUUGGCCUAUUUCCACUACACACUGCAAGUAGUUCUCUGGAAUUACAUGUACUUAACUACUUCUUGUCCAGAAUGGACAAGAAGUAGUUUUUCAAAGCUUGUAUGAAUUUAGUAUCCUUGAUAAAUUGUCUCUGUGUUGUGCACUGUUUGUACGUCUCAGCUCCUCAUACUUCUGUAACGAGUGAGUUUGUACGUCUCAGCUCCUCAUACUUCUGUAACAAGUGAGUUUGUACGUCUCAGCUCCUCAUACUUCUGUAUCGAGUGAGUUUGUACAUCUCAGCUCCUCAUACUUCUGUAUCGAGUGAGUUUGUAUGUCUCAGCUCCUCAUACUUCUGUAACAAGUGAGUUUGUACGUCUCAGCUCCUCAUACUUCUGUAUCGAGUGAGUUUGUAGUCUCAGCUCCUCAUACUUCUGUAUCGAGUGAGUUUGUAUGUCUCAGCUCCUCAUACUUCUGUAACGAGUGAGUUUGUACGUCUCAGCUCCUCAUACUUCUGUAACGAGUGAGUUUGUAUGUCUCAGCUCCUCAUACUUCUGUAACAAGUGGGUUUGUACGUCUCAGCUCCUCAUACUUCUGUAACGAGUGAGUUUGUAUGUCUCAGCUCCUCAUACUUCUGUAUCGAGUGAGUUCGUAGUCUCAGCUCCUUAUACUUCUGUAUCGAGUGAGUUUGUAGUCUCAGCUCCUCAUACUUCUGUAACGAGUGAGUUUGUAUGUCUCAGCUCCUCAUACUUCUGUAAUGAGUGAGUUUGUAUGUCUCAGCUCCUCAUACUUCUGUAACAAGUGGGUUUGUACGUCUCAGCUCCUCAUACUUCUGUAACGAGUGAGUUUGUACGUCUCAGCUCCUCAUACUUCUGUAACGAGUGAGUUUUUCUUUCUCAUGCUUGUUUGAUUUUUUUUUUUUUUUUGUUUCUUUUCUUUUUUCCAUUGUUGAAAGAUUCACUUGUAUUAGACCAUAAUUAGAGAUAUUCUUGUUGGGCGUAACCCGACUGACCCUCUAGAAAACAAGCCAUUUUUAUUAGAAUUUUUAUAAAAGUUUGUUUUUUUAAUUUUUUCCCUGGAUGUUAAUAGCUUUAAAACACCUACCUUUUUAAUAAUCAACAAUAAAAAAUGAAAAAGAAGCAAAUUUCCUGUCAACCUUUGUAUAAACUUUUUCAGAUAGGCCCGGGUUAUGUCCAGCAAGGAAUUUUUUGAUGUUGGCCUUGUUUUACUGUGCGUUUGAUAAAGGUUCUUUAGGCGUUUGUAAAUAAGUUGAGUCUUUAUUUUUGUCACUUACAGGUCAAGUCUGAAAAGCAUUCAUACUGUUUCAUUAUUUCUGGAAAUACUUGUAUUAAUGUAACUGUUAAGUGUGCUUGUAUUAGAGCUACAGAUGUAGGAAAGACAUUUUCAGCGUUCAGCCAAUAUAUAUUUUGAUUUAUUUUUUAUGCCAGACAGAAGAUGAAUUUCUCUUUUGAAACCCAUAAAUUUGUACGGAAGUUUUCCAAAGACUGUCACAUCUUUUGGCGGCUGUGGAAUUUAAUUUUAGAAUUCAAAUAUGUAUUCUCUGUUUACUUUUGACUUCAGUGGUAAAAUUAUUUGUGAAUUUUACAGAUACUCAAAUAAGAUACUUUAGUAUUUUUUUUAUUUGUAUUUAAUUUUUUGUUCUUUAUACCCUUUCAUUGACUGUAAUUAAAGUUACAAGCACGUUCCCCCGAAA